CGCCACUCGCCGAGGCGCGUUUUGGCGCCAACCCCCGCCGAAAAAUUUCGGUUUCCCUCCUCCUCGCCCCCUCCGCGCCCUCAUUCAAGACCCACCUCUCUCUCUUUCUCUUUCUCUUUCUCUCUCUCCCAUUGCGAGAUAGGAGAACACCGGGAGAAAAUUUAAUGCUGCGGGUGCGCGGUUGCGGCGGCGCCCAUUGAUUCCACCCCGACUGGCCGCCGGUGGGAGUCGUUAGCUCGCGCCCUCUUGCCCGGAUCCUUCUCGCGGUAUGGGAGUCGCUGGCUCCUGAGCCGCGCCGCGUGUCUCCGCUGAGAGAUGAAACUGCAAGAGAAUCAAAUUUCAGCAACACCUACCACUUCUAAUUUAAUUGUGAAUAGCAGUCACCAUGGGGUCUGGAUCAGUGACUCUGAAGCAAAAGAAACGAGUGAAACAUGCAAAGAACAAGUACUUGAAACCUGGUGCCCUCGCUCAGAUUCGUUACAGUAGGAGUUCAAGCAGGGAUAUCGGGAAGAAAAGGAUUCUGUUGAAUGUGAAGGAUGAGCUGGAGAUAUCGCCACAGGUUGAGGGUGUCUUAGAAAGCACUCCAAUUUUGUCCCCUGCGAGACUCAAUUUCGAGCCAUUUGGUGGCAUUAAGGGGCAGAUACUGCCAAAGACUCCGAGGACUCCUGAUGCAGCACAGUUUGAGGGUGAUUCGAGACUGGAAUCACUUCCACUUGAUUUGCUGAUCAAGAUCAUGUGUUGCUUGCACCAUGACCAGCUGAAGGCUGUUUUCCAUGUUUCAAGAAGGAUUCGAAAAGCAGUUGAACUGGCCAGGCAGUACCAUUUCAACUAUACCACUCCAGAUCGAAGCAGACAGGAACUACUCCUAAACAAGACUCCUCUUCCGACAGAGCAUUGGCCUUUCAUGAGAAUCGACGGCAAGGAUGUUAGAGUUUCCACCCCGAGGACCCCAAAGGCCCCAAAACUUGCGAAACAUGCUUCUCGGCUUGCACGCCUCAAGCUGCUUGAUGUGAAGCCAAUUACAGCUGUCCUUUUUCAGGAGUCUUCUUUGCCUUCAAAGCGUCUCCGCCGCUCAGUGCCACCAGGAUUGCCAAGGCCUGUAUCCAAAGCUGCACCCUCGCCUAGAGUUUUAAGAUAUGAGGAGGAGCUCUGCGAAGCGGUGGCGCAGAAUAAGCUUCUUUGAAGCUCCAGGGAGUGUUUAUUGCUUUCAUCUUAUAGUGUAUAGGUUUAUCUAUGUCCAGUCUCUUGGUAUGAAUUUUGUCUGGAAGCACCUUAGCUGCCAUCUUAGAUUAUCGUGGUCAGGUUAGGUUUAGACUAGUAUUAGACUGUCAUAUACUCCUAUAUCAUAAGUAUCCAGUUUGGUUUACUCCCUGGUUUUGUAUAUAUCACUUAAUAAAAUACUGUUUAAGUAUUAUUCCUAAAACUUAUUUGCCUGUGAAAAUGGUGUACUUUUCCUAUUUUUUC